CUCUAUUGUUGACUACUCGCGUGUGAUCGUACCGCCGUCAAGUGGUGCGGCCAACCAUCAAGGGUAUCACAGAUGCCGCAUGUACCUGUUAUGUUGCCGCCAACGGUUUCUUCUUAUUGUCUAAGUACCGACCUCAUUCAAGAUUUUCAGGAUAAAAUCUGGCCAGUUCGUCUGGUGGUCAUCACUUUGGAUUUCAUCCAUCAACCAGUUAACAUCAGUUUAGUUCUCGAGUAUACCUCAAGAUAUACCAGCACUUUCAGUUGUCUCUUCAUUCAACAAAACGAGCCAGACUUCGAGAUGCCUGUCACAGAACCCAGAGAGUUUGAUCGCUUCCAUGACUACCUUGGCCUAGCCCGUCUCAUCACCAAGACCAGCGUAGCUUCUCCAAGGUCUCCCUCUGUCCCGGAGUCAUCGGAACAGUUUUUUGGACUCCAGACGCCAAACAUGUAUCCGGACCAGGAGACCAGCAGCAACGACAGCCAGUCCACCACCGGUUUCCGUCCCUUCAACAUGGACGAGUUGUCCCGUAAGACUGGCCCACCAUCUCGACGUGGCGACCGAUGGGUGGUUCCCAAGCCAACCUGGUGUGUCUUCUGCAAGAACAACGGCGAGAGCGAAGCGGUCUACGCCUCACACGUCCUCAAGAACAGCCUUGACAAGGUGGUCUGUCCUAGGCUACGGGCUUACAUUUGUCCACUGUGUGGAACCAGCGGAGAUGAGGCACAUACCAUCAAGUACUGUCCAACCAACCUGUGCCGCUUGCAGCCGGCUCCGUCCAAGUCAAGACCCAGCAAUCUCGGCAUGUUCAUCAGCAGCAGACUUCUGCCGUCAGCAGAAAACAGAGUUUCCGUAUGACCAUCGCAAG